UACACUUUUCUUCUUCAGUAAUUAGCUAGGCUUCCAGCAAAGCCAUGCUUCAGCAUCUUCGAGAAGAACCCAUCACGACCACAGCUCAUCUGUUGUAAAAUUACUGUUUAUUUUCAGUUCCCUGUCAGAGAUGGGCGAAAUCAGUGAAGCGUCCUUACUGGAUUACAUCUGUUCCUGUGGAGGAAAAGUCAAAAAUUCUGAUCUGUCCAAAACAUAUAAGCAUUUUAUAAACCAUAGCGAUUUGCAGCUACGUGCCAAAUACAGAGAAGAGUUCAAACUCAUCAUUGAUAGAAUUGCUGUGGUGAAAUCUGAGAAUGGAGAGAAAUAUCUCAUUCUGAAGAAGAAGUAUAGACAACUAAAACAAGAGCGAGAGCCUUGCGCUGGGGAAUCAAUCAAGCAGGUUCAUCCCAACCCACAAAAUGAGCUCCGGGUCUCUAAUCCACGGCAGAACCAUGGCCCAACAGCCCAGAAACAGCCAGCACUGGUGGCCUGGUGCUCAGGACCCAUGAUUACAGUCACAGAGGCAUCAGAACCGACCCAGACAGAUAAUCAGUCAGACAGCACCCUCUCACCGCCAGCAGAGGCAGAGAAACCAGAGCAUCUGACGGAGGAGCUUUCAGCGUCAGACAGAGAAGAUGAACUCGACAAGGAUUCGGGGUCAAAGAGUGAAUCUGAGCAGGAUGAGGAUUGCGGGGGCAGUUUGGGAUCCACCGCUGUGGCUCUGGAUCCUCUUGAGAAAGAGUGGAUCUUCUCGGCAGCAAGUGGCAAACUGUCUCAUCUCAUUCAGCUCCUGAAACAAGACUCUUCUCUGGCCAAUAAAAAGGACUUUACCUCAGUAAGUUUGCAACCAAUCAUACAACACUACACUUACUCUACCAGAUGCCUCCCGGACUUCCUCCUUUCCCAGUUUACAGCGCUACACUGGGCUGCGAAACACGGUAAAGAAGAUAUGACCACAGUGUUGGCGGAAGCAGGAGCUGACAUCAAUACGAAGGCACAUGUAAGUACUCCUCACCUUACACUCACCCUGGAUGUGACGGCACGCAUAGGGUAUGUGGGUGCCCAGCUAUUCUUAUUCUCACAGGGAUACACACCUUUACACAUUGCAGCACUGCACGGACAUCGACAUAUAUUUGACCUGCUGGUUAGGACAUAUGGAGCUAAGGAGAACCUGCGGGACUACAGCGGUCGCCUAGCGUAUCAUUACCUCCAUUUACGGGAUACACGAUUAGAAGACCAUGAGCUAUCUGAAGUCAGCGAGUGCCACAGUCUAACCCAGGCUGGAGAGCGCAGGAACAGGAAGAUCACGUCAUUAUUUCACUCCAUGAAGAAGUGGGGAUCAGCGGAGGAGCUCGCGGCCGUACCGGAGGAGAGGGCCGUUGCUCAUCAGCUCAUGCUGCCUGCGUUUAGGCCCAGAAAGUUCUCACGGUAGACUGUGUGACGUCAAAACAUCUUCAGUUUUUGCUAUAGUGCCAAUCGGAUGGUUUACAGAUGAAAACGCACUUGUUUUCUUUGCUGCUUUUUUUCACACAAAUAGUAUGAUGAAGUUACAUUGACAUUUUAAGUAGCAAUUUAGCUUAAUAAUAGUGUUAUGCCACAGCAGAAUGUGACAUGUUGUAGUGUAAUGUCUUCUGUUCUCUGCUCUACUACCUGUUCAAUUAAGAGGUUAAAGAUGUACAACUUUUACUGAGCAAUGAAACGAUGCAUUUUAAAUUACCCUACAUCGCACGAUCCAAAGUUUUUAGCAAGUAUGAAGAACUCGGUUUCACAAAAUAUGUCAAUGCUUUACUCUCUCUCUCUCUCUCUCUCUCUCUCUAUAUAUAUAUAUAUAUAUAUAAAACUUUUCUCUAUUUGCGGAUAUGAUGAGACAUGAGACGUGUAUGUACACAAUUUCCCACAAAAACCAUCCCGACAGGUCUAAAAUAUAAAUAGGCUUAUAAUAUGCUUACCAUAGUGAAUCAGGGUAAGACAAAAACACAUUUUGGAAGAAGGAUUUAUGAUUUAUUCACUCUUCAUUCA